UUCCCAGAUUACCCACAAUGCAACUGAACGCCAUGCUUCUUUCGUUGUGGUAAUUUCUGUGUCGCGGUGAAAAAUUUAAUUAAAAGACUAAAGUAACUAAUUAAAAAUAUCUGCCCCACGAUGGGAUCUGGUCCAGUAGAAAGACUUCGUCAACUUGAAAUGAUUGAGCGUGAUAUAGCUACAGCAAUUCAUAGCUCAGGUCAAGCUCUGCAAGAACUAUCCAAAGAUAAACCAAGUAUGAAGCAAGUAGAAAGUCACACUACCAGCUUCAUUAAAACACUUGAAAGUGUUGAGAUUGGACUUACAAAGCAAAUCAACUAUCUCACUCAGGUGUCUACUGGUCAGCCUCAUGAAGGUUCUUGUUAUGCAGCACAGAAAGAUCUCCUGAUGGCCAUGCAUAGAGUUGAACAUGUCAAAAGCAGACUUAAUGAACUUGAAAAAAUUCACAAUGAACAUUUACAUGGUUACCUUGCAUCUGCUCCACAAGGCUCUGGCAUGCGCAGGCCAUUUCAAUCAUCACAGAUUUAAGCUGAGUUAGCAACAUGGAAGCUGGGCUUCAUUUGAUAUAGUAGGUACCUAGUCUUGUACUUAAUUCAUAUCAAGCCUCCAAGGAGUGAUUAUCUGCUUUCAUCAUCAUCAUUUAACAUCUGUUUUCCAUGCUGGCAUGUCAAGAAAAAAGAAUGUGAAUUAAGAUGGAAGCAUGUAGGGAUUAAUAAAGGGCACAGAACUUUUGGUAAAUAAGAUUCUUGCCCAAAGAAACAAUACAUCAAACCAGUAUUUCAUAGACUGUAUACAUUGAUUUCUUAUACAAAAUAUUUCCCUUCUUCCUAAAAGCCUUUGAAGAAAUCAGAGUAAGUGCUUGGCUGUUAGAUUCUCCUGUCAGGUUUCAGCUUCAACAUCAGUCCCUGUAUUAAUCUUAAAUGCACCAUCACAUCUAAUUCUCACAUGACCCUAAAGUUGUCAUUACAUCUAAAGAAUCAUUAUCAAAAGACUUAAUUUUAUGAAAUAAAGUGUCUUUUCUAUACUUAUUACAUAUAUUUCUUCUGUUGUUGUAUGUCAAAUUUAGCAGAAACUGAACAUACCUUCGUAGCUAGAAAGAGCAGUCAAAUCUCCAAAUUACAUUUGAAAAUUAAGAUUUGACUGCUAGAUAGAACCAGGGAAGUGACACAAUAUAGAUUGCCACAAUAUGAACCCAUGUGAUAUUAAACAUCUCUUUGAUAUCUUCUCUUACUCCAAGUGAUAGUCCACAAUACUAGUUUAUUUCACUUUAGCUAGUCACUAUCCAUUAUUGCAGAGUCAGCAAGAUCAUUAAAUCUAAGAUUGAAUUAUUGUAGAUAUUACCUAAUGAAACAUAUGACUUUUUUUUUUUUUACAAAGCUCUUCCAACACCAUGUACUCUAGCUUAAAUUUUGUGCUUCGAAAGAGUGACUACAUUGUAUAUUUGAUCUUCACAAAAACAGCAUUUUAUACUCAAGGACUAUCAGCUGAGAAAGUCUGCACUCUUACAGUGAAACACAAAGUGUGCUGAACCUACAAACAAGUUAUUGCACGUGUCUACCUGGCCCAAACAAAGUUGACUAGUGCUACUGAACAAUGAAAAACUGAGGAUGGCAAAAAUAAACAGUUUCUUCUUGAGAAGAAUUUUUCUUUUUAAUGAGAACAAAAUUGUGAAAAAAUACAGGAAUUUCUUUGGAAAAGCAGAAAUUAACAAGGAAAGAACAAUGCAAAAGAAAAAAUGGAAAAUUAUAUAUAAAUAACAACAACAGAAGGAGAACAAAAAUCAUUUAAUAAACAAAUCAAUUUUUGUUGAGGUGGUUUUUUUCCCCCCCUUUUUUUUGGUGAGUUUUUUUUUUAAAGAAAAUCAGCUUUAGAUUUUGUUCUGUUUAUAACAGAAGAAAAAAAAAUUAUAUUGAAGAGUGUUGGUCUAAUUUAUCUUCUUUCAAGAAACAAAUUUAGAACUAUAGGCAGAAUUAGUGAGGUUAAAAAAAAUUAUAGAUGCUCAACUUAUUCAGAAUUCUUUUCAAUGAAGAAUAUUAGUUUUGUUUUAGUAAACCUUUAUCAACAACAGUCACGAUGGCCUCAUAUAGGGGUUACUUUGUAAGGCUAUCAUGAGUCAACAAUAUUGGAGGGAGGGAGAGGAUAUUUUUCAGCUAAUCUUUCUAUUUAAUAAUAAUAAUAAUAAAGCCUAAAAAUAACCAGUUACUGGACGAUAUUUUUUUAUACAUUGCAUGAUUAAGGCUGUUCUUAAAAAUAAAAAUAUAAAGAUCAUAGGGGCAUGUCUUUAUGAAAUCUUAAGUAAAAAGGGGCAAACAAAAGUCAGAAAAUACAUUUGAAAAAUUAGAAUAAUAUGUGCAAAAUGUAAUUAAACUAACUGUACAUGAUUGAAGCAAAUUUGUUAAACAUUGG